AUGCCCACACUAGAGCUCAACUACGCCACCAAGGAGGAACUAGCAUUCCUCGACACAGACGUCAAGCGGAAGCUCAACGUGUCCAAAGACAAAGUAGCCUACGACGAACUGCACGAGGCGGACAAGACGGAGGAGGACGCGGAGCGCGCCAGGCUGGACAAGGUGGACAACCACAACGUCUCGUCCUACACGGUCAAGCUCAACUACCGCCUGGACCCCAGAAAGGGAGGCGACGAGGUCAUUUGGGGCGGGACUUUUGCGCAGGCCAGACGCAGGUACGAGCCGACCGAGGUGGUCGUCAACAACGCCCGAGGCAGGGAGGAGGAGUUUAGCCUGGACACCACGGGGUUUCAGUUUGAAUAUUUUCCCACCUCGUACAAGGCGUUUCCCUGGAGCCCCAUUGACGAGCACCUGAACGAGGUUUACAACCCAGAGUGUGAAGAGUUUGUCAAGAAAAUCACGGGCUGCACCGACGCUCGCCUCAUGUCCCACAUCAUCCGCCAGCGGCCGUGGGACGACAGCGACAAGGACGCCGACAAGCCCGACAUGGCCAUGACGGACGGGGGCCUGCUGCCGGCGCGGUUCGUCCACGUCGACCAGUCGGACCUGGGCGCGAUCCGGCGGCUGUACGACGACAUGCCGGCGGGCGAGGCGGCGCAGCACGACGGCCGGCACCGCUGGGCCAUCGUCAACCUCUGGCGGCCGUGGGAGGCGGUGCACCGCGAGCCGCUGGCGCUGUGCGACGCCCGGUCCGUGCGCGACCACGAGCUGCACGACACCAUGCACUGCGUCCCCUUUCGCUGGCCCCACAAGCCCACCGAGAACCGCAUGUGGCAGGUCGCCCCGCCCGCCAGCCCCGCCCAGCACCGCUGGUGGUUCCGCAGCGGCAUGACCAGGGACGACGUCGUCCUCAUCAAGAUCUUCGACUCCAAGCGCGACGGCAGGGCUCGCCGCACCCCGCAUUCCGCCUUUGCCACCCCUGACGAUGUCGGCCCGGCUCGCCGCAGCAUCGAGACGCGGUUUUUGCUGUUUUGGGAGCAUGAGAGCUGCGAGUGA